AUGGCAUGGAGUCUACCACCUUUCCCUCAUACCUUGAGGGAGGUGAAAGAUCUACUUCCUCAUAUCUACCUUGUUUUAUCGGGUGGUAUAGGUCUUUAUAUCUUGAACCUCUUGAUAUCGUAUAUUGGGGUACUUAAACAAGUCAAAGGGUUACCUACUCGACAUGGUUUGUUUCCCGCUUGGGAAGUAGGUCUAAGACCUAGAUUACCUCAUGUACCGUGGUUGUUCCCCGUCAAGAGCUUCUAUACUAAGCCUGAAUUUGAUAUUUAUCAAUCAUCUCAAUCGGACUUAUUGGCAUUCACAGUCCUCGCCCUCCCCACCCAUCCAGUAUAUUUUAUCGGUUCACCCCAACUGGCCAAAUAUAUCUGUACGAAAACUUCGUCAUUCGGUAAAGCCUCUUUCGAAAAGCGUUAUGAAAACAUACGACAAUUUGGAAGUAAUAUCGUCAGUGCUUAUGAUGGUGAAGAACAUAGGAGACAUAAGAAUGCCAUAAGGGGCUGUUUCGGCGAAGAGCUCUUCGAGAAGGUUUGGGAAAACAUGACGGAACAGGUUGAUACGAUGUUGAUUGAGGAGAAAGUUGAUGAAGGGGGAACGAUCAGGGAUGUGGCGAAGUUGAUGAUCAAGGUCACUUUCGCUGUCAUUGGAGAAGUAGGUUUCGGAGAGAAAAUCCCUUGGAAUAUCCAAAGAUCAAAUGGUAAAGGUGAAAUGCCCUUCGUCGAAUCGAUGGAAGCCAUGGACGAAAGUCUUUUACUUCAAUUCUUGAUGCCUUCUUGGGUACUCAAGGUGGUUCCUAGUUUACGAAGAUACGGUCGAGCACGUCGAGAUUACCUCAAACACACCCAUAAUUUAUAUCAAAACAGACGUGAACAAUUGAUCUCGGAAGAUGAUUUGUCCUCCAAAUCGCCAAAGGACACCCUAGGGGCACUUGCUCAUUCUCAAAUCAUAGCUGAACGAGGUUCUUCUCCCAACUCAAAGACCCAAAUUGGAGGUAAAGGUUAUGGUAAAUCCGUUGUGGGGUUGAGUGAAGAAGAGGUCAUAUCUGACAUGUGUGAUGCCGGUCAUGAAACCACUGGUCAUGCACUCGCUUUCAUCCUGGCUAAUCUCGCGUUAUACUCCGAAUGGCAAGAUGAACUGUACACCGAGAUCAAAGAAGACUGUGGCGAUGAAGAGCCAAAUUAUAGAAAUAUGAACCAACUUGCUCUAUUUCUCGCUUUCGCCCUCGAAUCAUUAAGACAACACGACGUUGCUCGACCAAUUUUCAAAUACGCCACUGAAGAUGUUCUCGUGCCCUACUCUACAUGGGAUAAAGACGGCUCGAAUGUUAUUCAAAGACAACAUCUAAUGAAGAAAGGAAGUUUGAUAGGAUUGGAUUUACCUGCCUGUCAGAAAAACCCAUAUCAUUGGACGGAAACCGAUAAAUUCGAUCCCCGAAGGCACCUAUCAGGUAAAGAGGGUGGAGGAGAGGAUGUAUCGUAUUUAGGGUUCAGUCUUGGAACAAGAGCUUGUAUAGGUAAAAGAUUUGCGGAAGUCGAAAUGGUUUCUUUCAUCGCUAGGAUCAUACCUAGACACAGAAUUAAGAUCAAGAAGGAAACAGAGGGAGAGGAAGAGAGUUGGGAACAGUCAAGAAAGAGAAUGAUAGAUACUGCUUAUGAGGAUUUGACUUUGACUCCUGGUAAAUUCGAUUUGAUCUUUGAGAACAGGGAGUGA